AUGCCAACUCGACGCGCGCACCCACGCCCACCGCGGCCCAACGCCCAUCCUCCACCACCCCAGUCACAGCGGCUGCUGCUCAGCUCGCACACAUUCACCCUCAUCGCGAGCUGGCGCGGGCAGCUCCUCAUCUGUACCGUAGUGCUCGUCGUUGGCGCGAUCUACUUUGUCGUCCGCGAGCCAAUACGGCAAUGGCGCCGUCGCCAAAGGGAACGAAUCAGCCGCGCGUUCACGGACGAGCUCUUGGCGGCCGAACACUCCCAAUCAGCAGCGUCUGCAGAAGAAAAAGAGCGAGCCGGCCCCAGCACAGGAGCGUCAACCGCGCUGCCCAAGAUGCAGACGGCGCGCGAACGAGGACGGGAAAAGCGCAAAGAGAAGAAGCGACUUCUCGUCGUGGGCGCACCUUCCCCCGGUCGCAGUAACAGCGUCAGCUCGCUCGAUUCGUCGCCGUCGCUGCAGCCUGUCACCUCGACGACCGCCCGCCCGCUGGCUCGCAUACCCUCAACACAACAAGAUGAAGCCCUCCCACCUACCGUUGAAACGAACCCUGCUCCUGUGGAACCGUUGUCCGUGCCCACAGUCAACCUCGAAUCAGCCCCGCCAUCGCCCGCAGAGACACCCAUUUCCCAUUUCCCUGACCCUCCAUCUCCAUCAACCCGGUCUGCCGCUGUGGUCGCGCCCCCAGCGCUGGUGUUGGCUGACCUCGACGCCCCGAGCGACUGUUCCGACGAGGCCUCCGACCCGCCAGACGGCGACCUCAGCCGUCCCUCAGUCAGCAGGACGACCAGUGCGUCCUACUCGAUCAUUCCGGAGGAUCUCUAUCUUCCGCUGUCCGGGACAGCCCAGAAGAAGAAGCGCAAGUCCAAGGCACGCUCCAACGGCAUGUUGGGCGAACUAGCGAAGGGUCCAUCACAGCCCAUGGCGCGCAACGUGACUGCGUCUUCGGAUGACGUGCCAUCGCCAGGUAGCGGAACUUCUUCUGCUGCUCCACACCCCACGAGACGGAGACGCGUAGGGUCAGGCCUGGGCGGCAUCACCAUGACGCCUGCACUUGAGUUACUCCUCUCCAACCACGAGCGCACCAUCGACUCGCUUCGUGCCGAGAUAGGUCAAUCCAAGGCAGAGGAAAGCAAGGCUCGUGACGACGAGGUUCGUGCGCGUGAGGAGCUUCGUCGUUCAAGGGCGACGGAAGAUCGCGUCCGCGCGGAUUACGAGCGUGCUCGCAAGGCCCGCGACCGUGCAGAGUCAGACUCGAGGCGCCUCGAGGCAGAGUUCAUGCUCUUCAGGAACCGCUUCGAGACACUGUCGCACAUGUACCAGGCCGUCUGCCACCGCUUGCGUGAGGUAGAUCAGCAUGGGGCCGAUGCAGGGCACUCUCCCCAGCCCCAGUUGCAACCAUCGCUGCAGCCUUCCCCGGCCAUUCCUACGAUUCCUACCAUGGUCAACGCGCACAUCGGCUUCCCUUCACCCAUGGCUUCUCCCAUGCCACCCAUGGGCUACAUGUCUUAUCCGACACACCACCUGUAUCCCUCGCCAAUGCAGGCGCACGGAUUUAUCAACUUUGUGCCUUCGCCCUCCCCUCAACGCCGGGCAGACAGCAACGCGAACGGCGACCUCCUCGCUGGGCCUCUGACUCCUGGCCAUGGGCCGUCGGCAUCAGGCUCGCAGGCCUCGUCACAGUACCCGUCCGACCUGUCUCUCAAUGCGUCUAGGACUCCCUCCUCCUCGGCUACUGCGCUCUCUGAGCUAUCUGCAGCGGAGCUCCGCAGGAUCAACAUCGCGUCGUCGGUGCUCAAAAAGAAGAGCCGAGUUGCGACUGACCCUUCGGAGAAUGGCGACUCUCAGCCAGCGUCGGCCGCCAAGCCGUCCGAGGUUGACAUCUCAGAGAACCCAGUCGAAGGCUUAGGGAUUCACCAGUGCGACACUGUACCGUCGACCUUUGCGUCUGUUAAUACGCCUGAAGGCUCACCCUCGUCGCACCGGAAACCGAUCAAACAACGGUCGACGGACUCGAUCUCGUCGGAUGCGUCGUCUGGUCCGCCUGGUCGCUCCCUCUUAAUCACGCCUUCGGAUACUGGACCCAAGACGCAGUCACCACAGACGGCCAUGUCUCCUGUCCCGGACGACGAGGAGUCAUUCAUGGCAGAAGAAGCGAACGGAGAUACGCCCUGCCCGCCGUCGAAGACUCACUACUUUGGUUCCGUCACGGAGACACCCGACGGCUCUCUUGCGAACGGAGACGCAGAGUUUUCGCCCAUGUUUGCCAGUCUGGCACACACGCCUGAGCAGCUACAGGAGAUUGCUCGCAUUCAGUCAGAGGCACUCAAGCGGCGGACAAGGCCAGUUGCGUAA